AUGAACCAAAUAGCAUCUCUUUCUGGGGGGAUCAAGGUUACUGAAAUGCCAAAAAUUCGAUUUCGUGAACUAGAAAGACAUAUAAAGAAGGUGAGUUUCAGGUUGUCUCCAAAAGAGGUCGAAAUGACAUCUGUGAGGCCUGAUUCACCUGGAUCUAAUGAAUCUGUUGAUACAAAGAGUUUACCAAGACUACGAGGUGGAUUGGAACGGGUUCUUUAUCAACCGAUUAAUUUACACAAGUUGAAAGAUGCAAGGUCAGGAGUUUAUAAUUAUGAGGAAUCCUUAGAAGUUAUAACGUCACCGUCCCCACCAGUACCAUCAUCCCACUCUUUUACGCCGCCUCAUAGAGAUUCAGUAUUAUUAGACGUUGCUGCUAAAUAUAAUCGACGUUAUGUAUCGUCUACAAGUUCUAUGACAUCAAUUUUAUCACACUUACAUUUCUUAAUUUCAAAUCAUAGGAAGUUAAAUAUACAAAAUUCAAGUAUAACUAAGAACUUUCCUCAAAAAUCUUGCUCUCCCACUACGUCAGCUCAUUUGCCUGCUUCUGUAAUACUAAGGAAACUGAAUAAAGUAACUGAUAACCAUGAUGGAGACAGCAUUUGCUCGAUUGAUUCAGAUCCCUCAUUGGAUAAAGAAAUGAUAUUAUCUGCAUUAGGCCACACCCUUGAAGAGUUUUUAACAAGAGGUACCCAACAUCAUUCUCUAUAUGACAGAGUAUAUCACUAUUCAAAAAUAGAUGACUUCAUUUUAAGAUCUCAGUUGGAUUGCUAUGAUCCAAAAUUACCUGGAACUGGAGUAUUUGACUUAAAAACAAGAGCAGUAAGUGCUAUUCGAUAUGAUCUUUCAUAUAUUGAAAAGCAAAGCAACUAUACAGGAUAUGAGAUCAAUAAGUUGCACGGCCCCUAUGAAUCAAUGGAACGUGAAUUCUUUGAUUUAAUCAGAAGUGCCCUGCUAAAAUAUUCCUUACAAGCAAGAAUUGGUAAUAUGGAUGGAAUAUUUGUAGCAUAUCAUAAUAUAAGAAAAAUAUUUGGAUUCCAAUAUAUACCCUUAGAUGAAAUGGAUUAUAUCCUGCAUUCUGAUUCUGAUUCCACAUUUAAAAGAAUUCUAAGGAAAAAAGAGCGUACAUAUUGUGGAAUAUAUGGUGAUAAAAACUAUAUUUUAAACCAUGAAUAUGAAGAACGCAAGAUUGCAUCAUUGGUUGCUGACCAUGAAUUUAAGCUGUCAGUGUUAAUUCUGAAACAAAUAUUAAAAGAAAUUGAAAACCAAUUUAAAAUCAAAGGAGUAGAUUGGGAAAAAUUGAAAAUAUUAAUGAAAACUUACCCAACAAGUGAUGGAUCAAUUCUGAAAAUUGUAGCACUUCCAAUUGAUGUUGGGGCAAACGAUAAAACCGAAUCGCUGUCAUUCAACGAUUGUGCCACAACAGAUCAAGUUCUAGAAAGAGUUAAAGAAGUACGUAAAUUUAAUGAUGAUAUUUUGAAUGAUAAUUCUAGUGACAUUUUAGGAUUUGAAGUAAAAGUGUCCAACUUAAUGAAAGGUCAUAAAAGAACAAUAGCACCAUUGAAAUUUCCUGAACUUGAUGAACAACCACAGUUGAGUGCUGAAAUAAUGAAUUUUUGGCAAGAGCAACUAAAGAUAGACUAUUAUAAGGAUAGUAGUAAAUGGAGCCAUCCAAAUUUCAUUGAUCCAUUGGAUGUUUUAAAAUGGACAGUAAAUGUUGAUAUGCAACCAAUAAAGAAUAAAAAUAAUUUGAAAUUGCUAUAUAAGAAGCUUGCAGAAGAAAAAUUGAAUAUGAUUGAUGAAGCUUGUAAGGAUGACAUUCUGACAGAUAUUGAAGAAAAGCUUGAACCAAGCAGUAUAGCAAUAGAAAGAAUAAUGAAGUUUAUGAAACAAGAGAUGAAGCACUCUGAAGGUAAAUAUAAAAAAAAAGAUCAUGAGAAAAAUUUCGGUCACAUAUUAAGAGCUUACGGUGAAAAAAGUGCCCUAAAGAACCAGAUAUAA